UCGGCCAAUGAUAUCGCUUUUAGGGGGAGGAGCUAAACCUCUGGCUCGUCGGUGUUUCUUUUGGCGAAGCGACUUCAUUUUUCCGCCGGAGGAAGGAGAGAGGAGCAGGGAUCAUGUCGUCGGGAGACUCGCUGGAAGGAAGUGUUGCCACAGACAGCCACACAGUAACCGACAGGGCUGCAUGCACAGAGAACCUAACGGAGACAGAUGCCUAUAUCAGAAGCUCUUUGGCUCUGGAUCCUGCAGAGGAGUACAAGACGACCAACAAGCGACGAGGCCUGGCGCUCAUCUUCAACCAGGAGCGUUUCUUCUGGCGCCUGGGCCUGAACGACAGGCACGGAACCAACGCUGACCGCUACAACCUGGAGAGGAGGCUGACUGCUCUGGGCUUCGAAGUGAAAAGUUAUGAUAACUACAAAGAGGAGGAGGUCUUAGAAAGAAUCGAAUCAGCUGCCGGCGCCAACCACUCGGACGCAGACUGCUUCCUGCUCAUCUUCCUGAGCCACGGUGAGAACAACCACGUUUACACCUACGACGGCAAGAUCGAAAUCCAGGACAUCACAGCCAUGUUCAAAGGAGACAAGUGCAAGAGCCUUGUAGGAAAACCAAAGAUCUUCAUACUGCAGGCGUGCCGCGGAGACAAGCACGAUGACCCAGUGAUGGCCUUCGAUGCUGUUGACAGUGAAAUAAAGACCAAUGAGGUGGUGGUGGACGCCAGCGCAGUCUACACCCUCCCUGCUGGAGCCGAUUUCCUCAUGUGCUAUUCUGUGGCUGAAGGCUACUAUUCCCACCGGGAGACCAUCAAUGGAUCCUGGUAUAUCCAGGAUCUGUGUGAGCUGCUUCAGAGGUUCGGGGAUUCCCUCGAAUUCACAGAGCUUCUCACGCUGGUCAACAGAAAAGUGUCAAUGAGGAGCGUUGGGAACUCUAGUGACCGGAACGCCAUCGGGAAGAAGCAAGUACCCUGCUUUGCUUCAAUGCUCACCAAGAAACUGUACUUCAGACCCAAAAAGUAACAGCUUCUGAUCCCAGUCAUUCAAAUAGCUGUUUUUCUUUUAUUGUUUCCUGUGCAACAGGUUCUGUUAAAUCCAGAUAUAAAUGAUUUUAUUCCUGUGGUCCACUUUUGUAUGUUGUUGCUGAGCACCAUUAUUGACAGAUGCACUCAACAAACAGCUAAUUUAAAGGUGUGGAAUUUCCAAUCAAAUCAGUGGUUAUAAAAUAACAGGAAUGUAUAUUUCCCAGGAAGAGGUGAAAUGUGAAGGUUCUCCCGGACUCAGGCGAUUGCACCUGAAACCUGAUUCACAAGUUUCACAUUGACAAAUCCGACCUCAUGUCUGGGUUGAACCAUGACUCAGUUUAUGAGGGGAUUUCAAAGGUUUGCAUCAACGUGACAGAAUCAAAAUGCUAAUAGUAUCGGCAGUGGAGCGAUAUGGUUACUGACCAGGUGCCUGUAUAUCAGUGAAUGACUUUACUGCUUCUUUCGUUUUAAUGUGAACAUGAAACCAAGUAGAUAAGAUGAGGUUCUAAUGUAUUCCAAUACAGCAGCCCUGCAGUAUUUACCGUGGCAGGAGGUUAUGUUUUCUUCCGAGUUUGAUGUUUAGCAGGAUACUACAAAAACUAAUGAACAGAUUUCCAUUGCAGGGGUAGGGCGUGACAAAAAGCGAGGGUCUAGUAUUUUCUCACAUGGCGAGAUGGCGCAUUGGCCUCGGUGCACGUAGUUAAUAUACUUUUUAAGGAAUCAAAUAUUAAAAAGGAGGGAGAGGGGCCAAGUAAUCAUCUUAUAUAGCAAAUGCUAUAUAUGUUAUAUACACUGUUAUUUAGUGAUUCAAUUCAGGAUCUGGGCAAAUUUCCACUUGAGCUAUUUCCAGGUGAAAGCCCUGAAUGCAUCCUUACAUAUUUAUAGUAAAUGUAUUUUACCAGAUGAUUUUAUUUCUACCCUUUGAGAAGCUGUCUGGCCCAAAAUGUCCAGUCUCAGGGUGACUCCAUAUUCAAUUCUAACUUUAUAAAGACAAAAAUUAAGUGAAUACAAUUUUGACUGAGGCUUUUUUUUUGUUGCCAGAAAUGUGAAAUCAAUGGUUAAUCUCUUGAGAAUCUUAAUUCGUGGUCAUUUAUUGUAUCACUACAUGUUGUGAAAUGUUCCUGUUAUUUUAUCCAACCACUGUAACUCUAACUGCAAGAUGACCAUGGACCACCUUCUACUUUGCCUUGUUUAAUCCAGUUUCAACCACUGUGGUACCACAGCAAUAUUCUCGUAUACUCUUUUUGUCUCUGCUGAAAAUGUCAAAUGACCAACUCUGUUUUUUUUUUUGCUGUAAAAUCUGUUUUUUUGCGGGGCAGUUGACAUCACAGCACAGCAACCAGGUAAACAGUGCUUGAUGAUCACAUCAUGGUUUAACGGACUCUAAGCACCAAUGAUCACAUAAACGAAUUAUCCAGGGACAACGUUAACAAGCUGUUUGUCCAAACCCACGACACCAAAAAGGGAAUCCAUGUUUGUGCUGUUCUUUGUGUCGUAGCAGUUUAGGGUACUACAUUUUAAUAUUGCGUAUUUGCACCCAAAACAGCAACAAACGACAAUGUGGAAAACUACCUCAGGGAGAAGGGGUGUCCUGUUCUUUAAACACGUGCUGUGGACCUAAAACACUUUCAGCUGUGUUGCAUGACCAAUACUCAGGAAAUACAUAACUACCAGCAAACACUAUUCUGUAUUUUUGUGGUCUGAAUCUUGUUUUUACAAUAAAUUCUGUGUGACAUCAA